AUGGAGGCAAUGCAAAUUGUUGGAUUGGUAGACUCUCUCGAAUUAUUGGAAGCCAUCAAAUCAGUUCGGAAUCAAGUCUUUGUUCAGGAACAAGAAAUUGACUCUACUCUAGAAUUUGAUGCCAAUGAUAUUCAAUUUAAAGAAGGAUUGGAAAAUUCAUCAACAACCUCUCUUUUAAACAAACUCCGCUAUUAUUAUAUUAAAUUCAAUGGUGAUGAUGGAGAGGUGUGUGGUACAUGCCGAGCAAGAAAAACCACUGAUUCAACUUGGAAAAUUGAAAGAGUGGCCACUUUGAAAAAUCAUAGAGGAAAGGGAUUGGGACAGAGUUUGAUUUCGUUUGUUAUUGAUGAUUUGUCCAAGUUGGAUGAUUCCAGUAAUAGUGAGGAAACAACUUUUUACAUUCAUGCUCAAUUGUCUGCUUAUCCAUUCUGGAGUCGAGGCAAUUUCAAUAAUGGAAAAUUUAUUAAAGUUGGAGAAGAUUUUGAGGAAGCUAGUAUUCCACAUUGUAAAAUGAUCUACCAUCCAAAUAAGUAA